CGCCCUUGUUGCAGCACACACCCAACAAAAACUUUUUGCAGGUUCCCUUUACCCUUCCAGUACGGUACAGUGCUCACGAGAACAAAAUGCUGUAUCUUGUUGGUCUCGGGCUCUCUGACGAGACAGACAUUACUGUCAAAGGACUCGAGAUUGUGAGGAAGGCGUCUCGCGUGUACCUCGAGGCCUACACCAGCAUCCUGCUCGUGGACCAAUCCGUCCUUGAAUCCUACUAUGGCCGCCCUAUUGUAGUUGCCGACCGUGAGAUGGUCGAGUCCAACAGCGAUGAGAUCCUGCGUGAUGCCCAGAACGUCGACGUAGCCUUCCUGGUGGUUGGCGACCCCUUUGGCGCGACAACCCACACGGACAUGGUGCUCCGCGCCCGUGAGCUCGGCAUUCCCGUGCGGACGGUUCCCAACGCGUCCAUCAUGUCGGGGAUUGGCGCGGCGGGGUUGCAGCUCUACAACUUUGGCCAGACGGUCAGCAUGGUCUUCUUCACCGACAACUGGCGCCCGGCCAGCUUCUACGACCGCAUCAAGGAGAACAGGGACAUUGGCCUGCACACCCUCAUCCUACUCGACAUCAAGGUCAAGGAGCCCAACUUAGAGAACUUGGCACGGGGUAGGAAGAUCUACGAGCCACCGCGCUUCAUGACCGUUGGCACCUGCGCGCGGCAGAUGCUCGAGAUCGAAGAGGAGAAGGGUCUGAAGGCCUAUGGGCCCGAGAGUCUGGCCAUCGGUGCUGCUCGGGUGGGCGGCAAGACGGAGAAGUUCGUCGCCGGCACGCUCGCGGAGCUCUGCGACGCCGACGAUCUGCUUGGGCCCCCGCUGCACAGCAUGGUGCUGCUGGGGAGGCGGACACACGAACUGGAGCACGAGUACGUCCGGGAAUUCGCCAUCAACAAGGAAAACUGGGACAGGAUAUGGAAAGCCGAGUAUCAAGGCAAAUAGUGGGUUGCUAAUUGAUCAUAUCAUAUGAAGCCCCCCUGAUACAAACAAGAGAACAAUUACCCCAAUUUCCCAUUGCCACCCAAGCCGGCCCUCCACACUGGUCCAUCUGUCGCCUUCGACUUUUGUUUGCGAUUUCAAUUACACUUCAACAUCGCGAUUAGUCCUCUCUAAUGGGACGCUCUCCACUGCUGGACCUCCUCCUCACUAAUCUCGCGCAACUUGUUCACGGCCGCCGGCUUUCCGGUAACCACCCCCUGUGCAACCUUGGCCAUCUGUCCAAGGAUGGUCUUGUGGGAAAUAG